CAUAGUUAAUACUUUAAAUGGAAUGGUCAUUUCUUUGUGAGCUAAAGGUGGCAUAUUGGAUUCUUUUCCUCGAUACUUGUGUUCACUGGGUCCUUUCUCACAACCUGUGCACAGUGUUAAAUGUUCCCCAUGACCCGGUGGCCUUGGAAGAACACUUCAGGGAUGAUGAUGAAGGACCAGUUUCCAAUCAGGGUUACAUGCCUUAUUUAAACAAAUUCAUCUUGGAAAAGGUUCAAGGGAACUUUGAUAAAGUUGAAUUCAACAGAAUGUGUUGGACUCUGUGUGCUAAAAAGAACCUCUCGAAAAAUCCUUUGCUGAUCAGUGAUGAAGAUGCAUUUAAAGUGUGGGUUAUUUUUAACUUCUUAUCAGAGGACAAGUACCCUUUAAUCAUUGUACCUGAGGAGAUUGAAUACUUGCUUAAAAAGCUGACGGAAGCAAUGGGAGCGGGUUGGCAGCAGGAGCAGUUUGACCUCUACAAGAUUGCCCUCAACACCAGCCGGGAGGGUCUGUCUGCCUGGGAGCUGAUCGAUCUCAUCGGGAGCGGACAGUUCAGUAAGGGCAUGGACCGACAGACCGUGUCCAUGGCAGUUAACGAAGUCUUUAACGAGCUCAUAUUAGAUGUACUCAAACAGGGUUAUAUGCUGAAAAAAGGUCACAAAAGGAAAAACUGGACAGAACGAUGGUUUGUACUAAAACCCAAUAUUAUUUCCUACUAUGUAAGUGAAGACCUAAAGGACAAGAAGGGAGACAUCAUAUUGGACGGCAACUGUUGUGUAGAGGCCUUGCCUGACAAAGAUGGAAAGAAGUGCCUUUUUCUCAUAAAGUGCCUUGAUAAAAGCUUUGAGAUCAGUGCCUCUGAUAAAAAGAAGAAACAAGAGUGGAUUCAAGCCAUACAGACCACCGUGAGCCUGCUGCGAGCGGGCAGCCCUCCGCCCCACAAAGAAGCACGCCAGAAACGGAAAGAACUGCGCCAGAAGCUCUUGGCUGAGCAGGAGGAAUUGGAGCGGCAGAUGAAGGAACUGCAGGCGGCCAACGAGAACAAGCAGAAGGAGCUGGAGACUGUGAGAAAGGUGGGAGUGCGAGCUGCUGACCUGCACACUUUAGGCUCAGCCUCCGUGGUUUAGAUGGGCUUCUGAAGU